UUGUAGGCGAUGCUUUGAUUCUCUGUGUACUCACAACAGUUUCCUAAAAGAUUGCUCAGAGGUAGAAGAAAAAGUUAAAAGUAUUUUUGAUUCUUCAGCCACAGGAAAUCAAAUAGAUACGUCUCCACUUGGUUUAUUCGUUGAGACUGAAAACCCCGACAAGAAAUUCGAUAUUAACGAGAUGGAAAUGUCGAUCAAAGCUGAAUCUGUGGACAUAAAAUCGGAAGAUGAGGAAACAAGCGACACGCCACUUCAGACCUCCGAUAUAGCAAGGUACAACAGUCAUUUCAAACAGCAUCAACUGAAACAUAAAGAUCCUUCACAGGUUCAGAUGUACAGGUGUCACCAUUGCGAUUAUGAAACUAAAUACAAGAAUUAUUUCAAACGGCAUCAACGGAAACAUAAAGAUCCUUCACAGAUUCAAAUGUACAGUUGUAAUGACUGCGAAUACAAAACUAAGUACAAUAAUGCUUUCCAACUGCAUCAACUGAAACAUAAAGAUCCUUCGCAGGUUCAAAUGUACAGGUGUAACGACUGCGUUUUCAAAACUAAAUAUAAGAAUAAUAUUAAACUGCAUCAAACGAAACAUAAAAAUCCUUCGCAAAUUCAUAUGUACAGUUGUAAUGACUGCGAAUACAAAACUAAGUACAAGAAUGCUUUCCAACUGCAUCAACUGAAACAUAAAGAUCCUUCGCAGGUUCAAAUGUACAGGUGUAAUGACUGCGAUUUCGAAACUAAAUACAAGAAUGCUUUCCAACAGUUCAGACGUACAGGUGUAACGAUUGCGAUUAUGAAACUAGACACAAGAGUCAUUUCAAACGGCAUCAACUGA